GAUUCUCUCGUCGGCCUUGCCAUGCUCGGUGCUGCCACUUUCGUCUUUGCCUACUACACAACCUGGACCUUUAUCUUGCCGUUUGUCAGUGAGACCCACUUCUUGAACCUGUUCUUCCUCCCACGUGAAUGGGCGAUCAGAAUCCCAGUCUUCCUUUUGUUGGUGGCGACCUUGGGGGUCGGUACCUUUAUCGGUAAGACCGUCAUCAAGAGUGCCCAAAAGGAGAAGGCCAAGAAG